UCACAGAAAAACGAACUGAGAAAAUUGAGGUGAUCGAUCUAACGGUUGUUGAUGAAGAUGUGGCGAAACCAUCUCUCAUCUCUGAGGAUGAAAAAAUCAUCAAAAUUAAUGACAACGUAUUAAGGAUUAUCUUUAAACAUGUUAUUGAUGAGAUAUUCGAAAACAUACUUAAAGACGAAAAUGUGGGAAAGGAAGCUGGAAACAUCAUGUGCACUGACAGAAGAUUCAACAUUAUUUUCACCAAAGUUUUCUUUAAAGAACUCGAUUACUAUGUCAAAAAAAUGAGAGUUUUUGAAACAGUGCUCCUAUCACAAACCGAAAUUGAGGUAACCUCUGAAAUCAAUAUCGAAAACACAAAACACUUGGAAUCACUCCCGGAAAUCAAAAAAAUGUACAGAAGUGAAUUUCUACUAAGAGUUAUGACCAAAAAUAAAUCUUUAGAAAAUAUUUUACUGAAACACAAAUAUCAAGCUGUCACCGAGUAUAUUAAUAUGAUAUUAGAAGACAUAAUGAGUAUUAGAGACGAUUUUGACAGUCACAUAUUUGCCAUGAUUAGAAAAAUCUUUUCGCUCGAAGCACUCGAAAAAAACGGAUUACAAGAUAUGUUACGAAUAAAAUACCAAAAAAAAGUAACAUAUAAAAUAGAUGUAAUUGAAUUAUUAAAUUUGUGGUGUGUUGUUAAUAAUUUCGUAAGCCUAUUACACGAUUUAAGUCCAGAAG